AAAAGAGAAAUUUUUGUUCUCAGUCAAAAUUCAAAAUUAAAAAAUUUCAUUUUUUGGAUAAAACGUUUGUUUACUAUACUUGGCCGUUAUAUUGUAAUCAACUAAUUUCCGUAAUAACGAAAAAAUACCUCUGAGUCGCGUUAUUGACCGACAACUUAGAAGAGCUUAACUGCUUCUUCGUUGUGGAAUUUUUUAAGGCAAAUAACGUUGUUUAUUUAGAGUGAUGAAAAAUAAAGAUGGCAAAAAUUCGGGUGGUAACAGUCCAAGCGAUUCUCAGCACGCUGAUGUAGAAGGCUGCAACUUUGGACUAAAGCCGUUUGAACUGCUCUACCUUUGGUAUCCGAACCAAGAAAGUGUUAACCACCUUGAGUAUAUCCGUCGGCUGGAAUGCGAGUUUACGUGUCUCCAACACGCCUUUCUCACACUUACCACACAAUUUGCACGUUUACAAUUCCGCAUACGACAAAUAGUGCAAGCCGAUCCUAGUGAACGUCAUGCUCUACUGCUGGAACUCGAACACCUUGCAUUUAAUCCUGACGAAGAAAAAGACGAAAUGCCGCCCAUCAAACGGGAUACCACAAAUUUGGGUGAAGUACGGUACAAACAACAUUACAUACUAGAUCAGUUGCGUCAACAGCUUACCACACUGGCUGAGGCCGAUAAUUGGAAACCCGAGCCGGAAUUGCAUGCAGAACCACCCGCACCAGGAUCUAUAGACGAAGCAGUAUGCUGCUGUAUGAGAAAGAAACGAAAGCCACCACCGCCGCCGCAGCCACAGCCACAGCAGCCACAAACGUCCCAUAUGAAUGGUAAUGCAUACAUGGCAAAUGCGGAAUCCAGAUACUCGACUUCGAGCAGAAACAAAGCUGAAAUGGCUAUGGGAAUGAGAGCUGAUGUAGACAGCGAGGCGGGGCCAUCAAGAACUUCAAGUGCAAAGCAGAGAGUAUCGUACUCUAAGGAGGAGGCGUUAGCAUUUGCAUGCAAUACCGAUCCUUCCUUCUCCAUAAGAGCCUCAACUACAUGUAUAAGCAUUUGCCCGGCUGACGAAGGAAAUGCCAUGGAGACCAGACCAUGCACUUGUAGAAAAAAUAACCAUAUACAGGAUUCCUAAACUAUUUAAUGCCUACAAUUUACAAAUUCCAUAGCGACUACAUCCUUAAAUAUUUAUGGAAAUAUAAGAUUUCAUUACGUGGAUUUCAUAGAAAUAACUUACAUUUAUAUUGUAUAUUUUAAACCAUGGCUUUUGCCUUUUCUCUUCCCCUAUGCGAUACUAUUUUGAUUCAUAAUGAUAUCUCUUGUACUCCUUUAUUUAAGAUACUUUUAUAUAUAGAUUUUAAAACAGUCAACGGUCAUAAUAAAAGUAUAAUUAACAGA